ACCAAUAGGAUAAGAGGCCUGGAACGCAAGAUCCAAGAUGGCGGCGCCUGGCAAUGAAGAGGAGGAACUAACGCAAGAGCAAACAGAGAAACUGUUGCAGUUUCAGGACUUAACUGGUAUUGAUUCAAUGGACCAGUGUCGCCGUACACUUGAGCAACAUCAUUGGAACAUUGAGGCAGCUGUUCAGGAUAGGCUAAAUGAACAAGAAGGCGUUCCCAGUGUCUUCAACCCACCUUCCUCUCGCCCACUCCAAGUCCACACAGCAGAUCAUAGAGUCUAUAGUUAUGUAGUUUCAAGACCUCAGCCUAGGGGUCUCUUAGGAUGGAGUUAUUACUUGAUAAUGCUUCCCUUCCGGUUCACCUAUUACACGCUGCUGGACAUUUUUAGAUUUGCUAUAAGAUUUAUACGACCAGAUCCUAGGAGUCGUGUUACUGAUCCUGUUGGGGAUGUAGUAUCAUUUAUUCAAAAUUUUGAGGAACAGUAUGGAAGGAUCCAUCCAGUCUUUUAUCAAGGAACCUACAGUCAGGCACUGAAUGAUGCGAAACGAGAGCUACGCUAUUUACUAGUUUACCUUCAUGGAGAUGACCAUCAGGACACAGAUGAAUUCUGCCGUAGUACAAUGUGCAACCCAGAAGUUGUAAACUUCAUCAACACUAGGAUGCUUUUCUGGGCUUGUUCCACAAGUAAGCCAGAAGGCUACAGGGUGUCUCAAGCUUUACGAGAGAACACCUAUCCAUUCUUGGCAAUGAUAAUGCUGAAAGAGCAAAGAAUGACGGUAGUCGGUCGCUUAGAAGGUCUUCUUCGGGCUGAAGACUUCGUCAAUCAACUGACCUUUAUUAUGGAUGCUAAUGCUACAUAUUUGGUAUCAGAACGACUUGAUAGAGAGGAAAGGAAUCAGACACAAGUGUUAAGACAACAGCAAGAUGAAGCUUAUUUGGCUUCACUUCGUGCAGAUCAGGAAAAAGAAAGGAAGAGAAAGGAGGCACAAGAAAAGAGGAGAAGGGAAGAGGAAGAUGUCAGGCAACAGUUACUUGCCGAAGAAAAAAGACAACAAAGUUUGCAGGAAGAGAAAGAACGCAAGUCUGAAUGUCUUCCCCCUGAGCCUUUUCCAGACAAUCCAGACAGUGUUAAAAUUGUCUUCAAGUUGCCAAAUGAUACUCGAGUGGAGCGACGAUUUCUGUUUACCCAGUCGUUAACGGUAAUAUAUGACUUUUUGUUCUCCUUGAAAGAAACUCCUGAGAAAUUUCAAAUAGUUGCUAACUUUCCACGGAGAGUACUGCCGUGUUUGCCCACAGAGAGAGAGCCAAAUCCACCCACCCUGCAGCAAGCAGGAUUGAGUCGCUGUGAAGUCUUGUUUGUUCAAGAUCUUACCGAUGAUUGAACCAGAAAUUAACCAUGGGAUCAUUUUUUUUUAAUAGCUGCACAGUAUAACGGAUCACAGACUUUCUCACAAACGAGCCAAGUUUUUGCUGCGUUGGUUGGCAAAUGUCUAUGCAGCUAGGUCGCUCGUCAUUUCCUGGGAUGAACUGCACUGUCCAUCACUAUGCUAUUUUUUUAAAAAAAACUCAAGCCCUGCAGCGUUGAGUGGUUUUUGAUCAGAAGAUAUGAAAGUAAAUUAACCCAUUUCUCCACCUGCAUAGACCUUAGAUUACACCAUCAGAGAACCCUUACCCUUUCUCCUGCUAAUUUUGUUUUCCCAUUUACCGAUAUUUAUGUUGUAUUUCUAUUAAAAUGAAAAAAGAAAGACCAAAGGAGGGUUGGCUGUUAUUGAAUUGUUUGCACCUGGGCUGGUUUAAGUUCUUAAUUGCCAUGGCUUUUGCUGUGGUGAAGCCUCAGUAAGUAGUUUGUCAGCCUGUAGUGCCUGUGGUAACUAGAGCCUGCUCCAUGUUUAAUACCUGUGCAGGCUUAUUGUACUCGAGGUGUAAUUUAUUCCAACAGUAUAAAUUAAAAUCAUUUUAGAAUUUUA